AUGUACCGUAUUGGUGAUCAGAUGAGUAAAACCAGUUAAAGUAGAGAGAAUAGUAAUUCAAAUUUAGAGGAAUGUAUGCAUAACAUAUAGAGCAAUCUAAAAAUGAUAUAUGGAAAGGAUGAAGAAGAAGUUCAUCUUGGAUCUUAUAAUGUUAAUGCAGUUUCAGGAUUUCAUAGUUAAUUCCUUAGUAAUAAGGAUGAUCAAUAUGAUUCUCAAAGAAUGCAUUAUACAUCUUAGCAAUCUAAUGAUUUUAUGCUUGAAGACAAGAAUAAAUAAAUUCGUUAACUCAAUAAAGAAUUAGCAGAUUUAAGAAAAGGAUAAUAGAUGACUUAAUUUGAACAAUAUGAACAUUAUUAAAAAAUAAUUGAUAGUUUAAAAAAGGAAAAUGUUCUUUUGUAAUAAAGAGUACUUAAUAAUGAAGCUGUUUAAUAACUUAAUAGUGAUAGAGUUAUUGAAUAACAAGAAUAAAUAAAAGAAUAUGAAUAGAAAUUGGAUUAACAAAAUUAAUAAAUAUCUAGUUUAAAUUUACAAUUAAAGGAUACAAAAGAUUAAUUGAAAUUAUAUACAACUAAAUCUCAAAUUUCAAAAUAAGAAUAAUAAUCUUAAUCAAAAUAAUAUAAUUAAUUAUAAUAAGAAUAUGAUGAACUCUAAAGAAGAUAUAUCAAAUAAUAAUAAGAAAAUGAAAAUAUGAAAGUAUUAAUUGAAUAAUUAUAAAAUGAUCUUGAUAAAAGAUUAGAAACUUAAAAUGAUACUUAAGUAAUUGAAAUAAUUGAAGAAGUUUUAUAAACAAUAUCUUAAUUUGUAAGAGAAUAUGAUUAUGAAUUAUAAAAAUCAGAAUAUUAAUACAAAUUUUCUAAUGAAUUAAAAGAUAUCAUUAAAGGAUUUAUUACAUAAAGAGAGUAUAUAUUUAUUAAUUAUUUAAUUUAGUUUAUCAAUUUGGUAGAAUAUUGAUAGAUUAAGUAGUUUAAUAAUAUCAUUAUUUGAAUAACUUACAUUUGAUGUAAAAUAGAUUCAUUCAGAUAAUAUAAAAAUAAAAAAUAUGACAUUAUAAAUAGAAUCAUUAGAAUAGAUGACUGUAUAAUUAGAAUAGACUAUUAGUUAAUAUGAAAUUAUAAGUAAUUAACAAUAAAACUAUUUGAAAUUGUAAUUAUUAUAUAUUAAUACUUAAUUUUAGUAAUGAUGAUCAAAAUAAAUAAGAAAAAGAAGAAUUAGUAAAUGUUCUGAUUAAUAGAACAUUAAAUGAUUAAUAAAUAAAUUGUUAUGAUAAAAUGAUAAAGAAUUUAGAAGAAGUUAAUUAGGCAUAAUAAAAUGAGAUUAAAGAAUUAAAAGAUAAAUUAUCCUUUUAAAUUGAAUAAAAUUAGUUAUAUUAAAAAUAAUAUUAAGAAGAAUAACAUUAAUAGAAAAUCUAUGAAAGUAAAUUUAAAAAAUCACAUUAUGAUAGUCUAUUUUUGAAAGAAAUCAUGAAUAAGUAUAUUUAUUGAUUAAUUUCUUUAGAUUAGUAAUAUUGAUUGGUAAUGAAAUGACUACAAAAACUAUUGAAUAAAUUUAAGAGAUUUAAUAGAAAAUAAAUGAUUAAUAUUGUGAUGAAAUAGAUAUAAAAAGUAAAUUAGAAAUAAAAGAAUAAGAUCUUAAAAUAUAAAUUAAUGAAAAUAAAUUAAAUAUGAAUGAAAUGAUAGAAAAAAGAAGAGAAAUUGAAAUUCUUAGAAAUACAUUAAGAAAUUGUUAAAAAUAAAUAGAAAUGAAUAAAGAAAAAGUUGAUAUGUUAGUUAGAGAUUUAGAUCAUAAUGUUAUGUAAGAAAAAAGUCAAUAGUUUUCAAUUUCAUAUUUACCAAAAACAUUCAAAAAAGAAAAUGAAAAUUUGGCUUAGAAAUUACAAAAAACUAUGAGAAUGUGA